AUGCAAAAUGAGCAUGUACUUACCAGAUCUCGACAGCAAAUCGCAUCCUGGUUCAGAUGGCAGAAUAAUCCUGCCCACUUAGGUCGCUCAGCUGCUGAAAGAGGGGUGUUUAAAUUUGACGCCAUGUUAGCUGGGGGCGUCAAUCUGAAAGGAACACACGCACCACAGAAAAUCGACAUAUAUUCCAACAAAUACUACGACAAAAAGAUCAAGCACGCUGCAGACAAUGCGAUCAAAAAUGAACACAUUACCAAUAGAGGUCCAAAGUUGAACAAACACUGCGAGAUCACGUGCCAUAUGUAUUCAGACGAAAGUGAAGUCAUCAAAGCCAAGAUUGACAAGAAAGCUAUUCAUGAGCUCAGCCCCAUGCUCGAUCGAGUCCUCAAGUACCUUGGACAUAUGACUGGAGGGUGGAAGUUUAGCGUGUUGAUGGGGGGUCAUGAUCCUAGCACAGGUGAAGUGUCAGUGUUUAACUACCAUGUAGGAGAAGUUGAAAGUGGUGUACAGUUUGACCAAGCGUACGACAAGUUUGACGUCGUGCAGAGCGCCUUCCUAGAAUUUGUCAAAAAGUCUAUUGCAUUCGAGUCUACGUUAUCACGGGAGUCUGAGUCGGAGUCAGAGUCAGAGUCAGACGCUGGACUAUUGUUGUUAGACAUGGACUCUGACAAGGAGUGGGGAAAGAGCAGUGGUGAGGGUGGGCAUAGUCAACUGCAGGAGGAUCCUGGGAACUACCUCUAUCGCAUGACUCCUCAAUCUGAUGAAGGGGCCGAUCUAUUUCCCGCCAUUAUUAAUGCAUCACCAACUACCACCAGUGAUGCAUCAUUCAACGUUGAAGCCACGGGCCACCUCACAACAAUGGACCACAUGGACCUUUUAGUACUCGAUCCUUUUCUGAACGACCCCAUCAUACAGGGUAGUAUAGAUUUUUCAGCAUUUGAUCCAGUGGUGUUCUCAGCUGUGAUCAACGAUCCGACCUUCAACAUCAACAUGCUCGGUUCCCCUCAGGUGCCUCCCGUGAAUUCACAUUGGGAUGUCGAGGACAACCCAUAUUCGUCAACUCCACAGACUCAAGAGGUCUUUCUUCCAUCUGUACAUAGCGAGGAAGGAGAGGAUAGCAAUGACCUCAACAACUCACCUGCUGUUCCCCAAGCCAGAACUCAAGUGCCUGCACCGUCUGCAGAAGCCCCACAUCUGCAUGCACAUAACACUGUCCCGUUCAAUCCACGUGAAUGCGACAAUGAGAUUGGUACCUCAACUGUUGCUGAGAAGGAAGGGCACGACGACAUUAGAAUAAGGUUUAGAUAUCAACUUGUUGAUUUUCAACAAAAAUAUUUUCUUGAACUCUGCAUGCACGAAAUGAACAUGAACAAUUUUACCGGCUUGAAAACCUUGACAGAAAUUACGCCAACAGUGUUAGUGGGACUUGGUGAAUAA